CAACGGCCGUUGUGGUACACGUCAUGGAGACGGUUGCUACAACAGUUGACAGCCUCUUGGUUACCGUUUGGUUUGUUGUCAGGCCACAGCUAACCACUAACAUUAACUAGCUAGCUGUUAGCCAGAGUGUUUGGGGUUUUCUGAACGAUGGCUUUUGCUUCAAACAGUCACAGAGAUCCAAGCGGAAUAUACACCUUCUCAAGCCGCCCCAGAGCUGUUGAGAACCGCUCAAAGUACAGAGAGCCUUCGACUGAAGAGACAAAGCACCAUUAUGGAAACAUUAUGUAUGAUCGUCGUGUUGUCAGAGGAAAUACCUAUUCCAAGCGUAUCGUACCAACUGCAGCUGAGCCAGACCCUGCAGAGAUACGAAGACAACAGGCCAACAGGAAACGAGCCAUCGCUCGAAAACAGGCCAGGGAGCAGCUUAGACCCAGCACUCCUGAAGCCCUGCAGGGCAGAAAACACAUUGAUGUACAAACAGAGCUUUACCUUGAAGAACUGAGCAAUGUUAUCGUAGCUACAGACAUCGAGUGUCAGACUGACGCCUUCCUGGACAGACCAACAACUCCACUCUUCAUACCUGCUAAAUCUGGCAAAGAUGUGGAAACACAGAUAGAGGAGGGAGAGCUGUUUGACUUUGACGUUGAAGUGCAGCCAGUGUUGGAAGUCUUGGUGGGUAAGACAAUCGAACAGUCUCUGCUGGAGGUGAUGGAGGAGGAGGAGCUAGCCUGUCUGAGGGCCCAGCAGAGGGCCUUCGAGGAGCUCCGAAAUAAUGAGCUGGCAGAGGUGCAGCGGCUCCAGGAGAAGGAGAGACGCCACAAUGAGGAGAAAGAGCGUAGAAUUGCACAGCAGCGGGAGGUGCUGAAGAAUGAAAAGGAGGUUGCAGAGAAGAUCGCCGCCCGGGCAUACACCCAGCAGUACUUGGCCGAUCUUCUAUCUGCUGUCUUUACCUCGCUGAGACGCCACGGCUACAUUUACGACCCUGUGGAGAAAGAUAUCGAGACUAAUUUCUUCCCAUGGCUCAUGGACGAGGUGAACAACAGGCUGGAGAGGAGAUACGCUGCAAGAGAGAUUCUAGACACUAUAAUCUAUGAUAUCGCCCAGAAGAGACUCGAGCGGUUCAACGAGCAGGAGAGACAGCCAGCCAAAUCUGACUCAUAGAGGGAUUUACACGACUGUAUGAAUAUAUUUCCUAGAAAUAAAGGUUUUUUUUUUUUUUGGGUC